AUGGGUGUUGCUGCCAGCUCCGAGGGAAACUGGGAUGGCUCCACGAUGCCGUCCCAGAAGGACAAGCUCGCGAUCGUCACCGGCGCCAACUCAGGCAUCGGCUUUGCAGCGGCCAAGGCGUUGGCUGUGCGUGGAGCGCAUGUGAUUCUCGCGUGUCGUAACGAAGGACGGGGACGACGCGCCGAGGAACUGAUCCGUCAAGAACUGGCUAAGCUGCCAACUGACGAUGUUGGCUCGGUGGAGUUCAUGCUGGUGGAUAUCGGAGACCCCGCCAGUGUGCGCGACUUCGCGCGUGCGUUCCACGAGAAGUUCGACCGCCUUGACCUGUUGAUCAACAAUGCCGGCGUGUCCGUGCCUGCCGAACGUUACACACCGGGAGGCCUGGAAGCGCACUUUGCUAUCAAUCACCUGGGGCACUUCUACCUGACGAGCUUAUUGUUAGACUUACUGCGUCAGUCGAAGGAUCAAGCCCGUGUGGUCAACGUCAGCAGCCUCGCGCACUACUUCUCCUGGAUGUUCCUGGACUUCUCGACGCUGGGCCACACGCGCGGCAGUCUUCGCGACUACAUGACGACUAAGAUGGCCAACUUGCUCUUCACCUAUGAACUGCAGCGUCGCCUACAGUCCGCACAGGUGGAGAACGUGGUGGCCGUGGCGGCUCAUCCGGGCUUGGCACACACUGACAUUUGGAACCGCUACUACCGCAGCACAUUCUCAAGCUGGCUGGCCGAGAUAAUCGUGUGGCUCGUGUCUUGGCUUCCCUUCAUGACACCGCAAAUGGGCGUUCUCCCCAUUCUGUACGCUGCGACAAUGAUGAACGUCAAGGGGGGCGAGUAUUAUGGCCCCAAUGGAUUCCUGCACGCGCGAGGUUACCCUGCUCUCGAGGCAGGCGCCGAGUCAAGCCACUCACUGGAAGACGCCAACAAGCUCUGGAAACUCAGCGAAGACACGUUGAACGAGAAAUUCAAACUGUAA